AUGUGUGACGCUUAUGUCAACUGGGUGGGCUGGUAUCGUCUCUUCAUUUACGGCCAAAGCGUUCAGAUGCCAGACACAUGUGUUGAUCGGCUAAGCUGUGGCACUCAUGCCCCACUUUGGCUAAACGGUCCACACCCACGAAUUGAGGAUGGAGUGGUGACCCGAGAUGUCUGCGGUCACUGGUGGAAUAACUGCUGUGGGUUCCAGUCAAAUCCCAUUAGAGUGAAAGCCUGCCCAGACAAUUACUAUGUCUACGAGUUUGUUAGACCAAGUUUCUGCUAUGGGACCUACUGUGCAGAGGCUUUCCGCACUGACCCCUGCUACAACUACAGAGCCCUGGAUGAUCCUUGGAGAGCAACAGACAAUCACUAUUCAUACAAUUGUGAUGCUAGUGUUAAUUGGGAUGGAUGGUAUCGUCUUUUCAUUGCAGGCCAGGAUGCUCGGAUGCCAGAAACAUGUGUUAAUCAGUUUAGCUGUGGCACUGUUGCCCCACUGUGGCUAAAUGGUCACCAUCCACGAGUUGAGGAUGGUGUGGUCACCCGUCAUGUCUGUGGCCACUGGAACAAUGACUGCUGCAAUUAUGAGUUUAAUCCUAUGAAAGUGAAAGCCUGCCCAGGCAAUUAUUAUGUGUAUGAGUUCAUGAACCCAGUGUUCUGCCAUGUGGCAUACUGCGCAGUCACAACUCCCAGCUCUGACCCAUGCUCUGAUUAUAAUAUUCUUGAUGACGAUUGGAGAGACCUGCGUCAGAACAGCCAGUCAUAUGACCAUGAUGACACUGCUGUUGAAUGGAGUGGUUGGUAUCGACUGUAUUUGAAUGGAGAAAGUGCUCAGCUGUCUGAGUGGUGUGUGACACUCCCAAGAUGUGGUGGUGAAGUUGGACUUUAUCUCAAUGGCUCUCAUCCAAAACCUGACGAUGGGGUGGUGACCCGUGAAGUCUUGGGAUCUUCAAGCUUGUUGUGGAACUCCAACCAAUGUGGUUAUUUUAGAUCUACCCCCAUUCAAGUCAAAGCCUGUCCAGGAUAUUAUUAUGUCUAUAAACUUGACAAACCUGAUGUGUCAAUCCCUAGGCCAACAUACUGUGCAGUUGCAUUCAACAGCAUCAGUAAUGAUCCUUGUUACAACUAUGAAUCUCUGGAUCGUCCCUGGAGAGCUACAAAUGAAACCGGAUUUUACAUUUGUGAUGAAUUGUUCUCUUGGAACGGCUGGUACAGACUUUUUUACAAUGGAGCGAACAUCCGAAUGCCAGAGAGUUGUGUUAAUGCAGGCAGCUGUAACACCGAUCACAGUCUGUCGCUCGCUAGUCCUCACCCUCAGGUAGAGGAUGGAGUGGUGAUCAUGGAGGUCUGUACAAGAACAUGGUAUUCAAGCUAUAAUUGGAUGAAAACACCCAUCAGAGUUAAAGCUUGCCCAGGCGACUACUAUGUUUAUGAACUUGUGAAUCAACCAGUAUAUGGGUGUUCAGGGUAUUGUACAGAUGUCAGCACAAUAUCUCUGGUUUCCACUGCAAGUCCAGCUACCAGUCCUGGAUUCAGCAUGACUUUGAAUUAUGACCCAUGUUAUAACUACAACAUUCUUGACAAUUACUGGAGAAGCACACUCUGGUAUAUGUCUGGACAUGAUGACACGCGUGUUGAAUGGCAUGGCUGGUAUCGACUCUUCAUUAAUGGUUCGAGUGCACAGAUGCCUGAGUGGUGUUUCAGUCAAAUGUCAUGUGGAGGUUUUAGUUCUCUGUGGCUUGGUGACCCUCAUCCUCAGCCAGAAGAUGGAGUUGUUACUCGUGAAAUAUAUGGCUCUGUUAAUGACCAGUGCAGUUCCUACACUUCCAACCCCAUCCAAGUCAAAGCUUGUCCUGAAAAUUAUUAUGUCUACAGACUUUUAAGGCCAAAACCAUCUAUCCCAGUGCCUGUAUAUUGUGCAGUUUUAUUUAACACUCCAAAUACUGAUCCCUGCUAUGACUACACCAGUCUGGAUGACCCUUGGAGAGCCACAGACAAUUAUUACAACAAUUACAUGUGUGAUUAUAAUGUCAACUGGAACGGCUGGUACAGGCUCUUUUACAAUGGUCAGAGUGUCCAAAUGCCAGAGUCAAGUGUUGGUUAUGGCAUGUGUGGCACUCCUUACCCAUUGUGGCUCAACGGCCCUCACCCACAGCUGGAAGAUGGAGUGGUCACACGGCAAGUGUGUGGUUCCACUUGGAAUGAUGGCUGUGGUUACAAAUCUCAUCCAAUACAAGUCAAAGCUUGUCCAGGAAACUAUUAUGUGUAUGAAUUUGUCAGGCCAAAAUUAUGUGCAUCUUACUGUCUUGCAUCUACAACAACAUCUGAAACAACGGUGAUAAUUCCACCCACAGAAUCCAGUACUUUGUCUGUUACAACCCCAGCCCCAACUCCCAGCUCUGAACCAUGCUCUGGUUACAGUGUUCUUGUUGACGACUGGAGAGACUUGCGCAAGAACAACCAGUAUUAUUACAAUGAUGACAGAUUUGUUCAAUGGAGUGGUUGGUAUCGACUGUAUUUGAAUGGAGAAAGUGCUCAGCUGUCUGAGUGGUGUGCGAGUUUCACAGGAUGUGGUGGUGAAGUUGGACUUUAUCUCAAUGGCUCUCAUCCAAAACCUGAGGAUGGGGUGGUGACCCGUAAAGUCUUGGGGUCGUCAUCUUGGGCUUGGUGGUGGUGGUGGUGGAACAGCCGCCAGUGUGGCAGUUAUAAAUCCACCUCCAUUGAAAUCAAAGCCUGUCCAGGAGAUUACUACGUCUAUAAACUCGUCAAACCUGACAUGUCAAUCCCUGCUCCUACGUACUGUGCAGCUCUACUUUGA